AUGUACUGCCUAGUGAAUUGCCUGAAGAUUUUAACACCAUUCAUAUGCCGUGCCGUCGCUCUCUCUCCCAUCCCGCCGUAUCCUGUCCCCCACUACCUGCCGUCACAUCUCCAACCCACCUCAAUCACUCCGUCCCACCCCGCCCUCUCCUCUCCCUUACCUCCCCGCCGUCCCCUCCCUCCUCCCCUCCGUCGCCUCUCCCUCCUCCCCGCCGUCGCCUCUCCCUCCUCCCCGCCGUCGCCUCCCUCUCCUCCCCGCCGUCGCCACUCCUUCCUCCCCGCCGUCGCCGCUCCUUCCUCCCCGCCGUCGCCUCUCCCUCCUCCCCGUCGUCGCCUCUCCCUCCUCCCGGCCGUCGCCUCCCUCUCCUCCCCGCCGUCGCCGCUCCUUCCUCCCCGCCGUCGCGGCUCCUUCCUCGCCGCCGUCGCCUCUCCCUCCUCCCCGCCGUCGCCUCUCCCUCCUCCCCGCCGUCGCCUCCGGCGACAGGUGCACGAGCGCAAGCGCGAGUUGGUGCGCGAGAGCGGGUUGGUGCGCGAGCGCGGGUUGGUGCGCAAGCGUGGGUUGGUGCGCGAGCGCGGGUUGUUUAUGAGUUACCGUGGUUAUCAGGGAGUGAGUUGCAUUCGCUAUUUCUUCUUUCCUGUGCAGGGAGUUCAAGCUGCAGGCUUUUUACGUGCUGCCACCUGGUGCUCACAAGACGUAGCAUUACCUGUUGCCACGUGGCGUGGUGGUGGCUCCCACCCAGCGAAGUUUCCGCACACCUUCCUUCCGCCGCCGCCGGCUCCCCCAUCAGCGGGGCUCGCGUUCGUUCCGCGCUUCACUGCUCUCCGCGGAGAAUGGCCCUCUCCCUCCCCGCUGCCCGCCACUCCCCCUUCCGCGCAUGCAGCUGGGCGGAAGGGGAAGGAGGGCGGGGGAAGCAAAAGGCAGAGCAGGGGGAAGGGGGGGUCUGUAGGGGGGGGGAGCGCAGCAGCAGGGGCAGAAAGAGAGGAGGGUGAGGAGGCAUGGGCUGCAGGUGAAGAGGAUUAUAUGGAGGAUGGAGCAAUGCUAGUGGUGCAGCCGCGCCCCCAUCCGCGCUGGCUGCUGCGCGCCAAGCUGGGGGAGGCGCUGCGAUUGGUGGAUUCACUGACAGGCACGGACAGCCAAUGGGAGAUGGAGCAGCGCUCGUGGGGGGGCGCAGGGAGAGGGGAGGAAUCACAGCAGGGUGGAGCAGCGAGAGAGUGGCAGGGGGAAGGAGAGCAGUGGCGGCAAGGGGAAGAGGCUGAGGCUGAGUGGAGAAGGCGGAGUGAGGGGUGGGAGCGGAGUGCAGGGAGGAGUGUGCGGAGUGGGGAUGGGGUGGAGGGGUUUGGGUUUCCGCCACCGGGAGGGGGUCACCCGUGGGUGGUGGUGCACAGCAGAGGGCGGGGAAUACGCGCAGGGUCAUUCUUUGGGAGUGGCACCAUCGAGAGCAUUGCUGCUCAUGUGCACGCUUCACACACCAUGGGUGUACCAGUGGAGGCAGUAUUCGUGAAUGCUACUCUCUCAGGCGUGCAACAACGCAACCUGGAGGUGGCAUGGGGUCUGCCAGUGGUGGACCGAGUGGGUCUGAUUAUCGAGAUCUUUGGUGCGCGUGCCAACACACGAGAGGCCAAGCUGCAGGUGGAGAUGGCAGGUUUGGAAUACCAGCGCAGCCGGUUGGUUCGGCAGCGAGGCUCGGGGGGGCGCAGGCUGGGGUUUGGUUUGAGGGGUGAGCAGCAGGUGGUGAGUGCGCGAGGGAGGGCGGCAGGCGGGCGGGGCUUUUUGGCCGGAGCAGGGGAGAGCGAGCUACAGCUGCAGAGACGACGCAUAUCAGAAAAGCAGCACAAGAAUCUCGGAGAAGCAGCACAAGCUGAGGCAGCAGAUAGAGCAAGUGAGGAGGACACAAUCUCGGAGAAGCAGCACAAGCUGAGGCAGCAGAUAGAGCAAAAUAUCGGAGAAGCAGCACAAGCUGAGGCAGCCGAUAGAGCAAGUGAGGAGGACACAAUAUCGGAGAAGCAGCACAAGCUGAGGCAGCAGAUAGCACAAGUGAGGAGGACACGUGGCCUGCACCGAUUGGCCCGCAGACGCGCCUCCUGGGAGGGCGGGGGGAAGGGUAGAGGGCUGCCUGUGGUGGCCGUAGUGGGGUAUACCAAUGCGGGCAAAUCUACGCUGGUGACAGCACUUUCACAGUCGCCCCAAUACAUUGAUGACCGGUUAUUUGCAACCCUGGAUCCUCGUGUGAGAGCAGUCAAGCUGCCGUCAGGGCGCAGGGUGCUUCUGAGUGACACGGUGGGGUUCAUAUCCGACCUGCCCCAUCAGCUGGUGGAGGCGUUUCACGCCACACUGGAGGAGGUGGUUGAAGCCGACCUGCUGCUGCAUGUGGUGGACGCGUCAGCACCAGACAUGCAUCAGCAGCGACAGGCGGUGUUGCACGUGCUGACGCAGAUGGGGGUGCCUGUGGAUCCAGGCAUGGCCGCUGACGUCAGCAUGGCUGCUAGGGGAAGCAGCAUGGGUGUGGGUGAUGGUGGUUAUGGUGGACCUCCUUCCUCCCUCGCACCCCCUGCUCUCGGGCUCGUCCAUUCUAGAGUCACACCUUCAUAA